CUGAGUCCGCUUGUCUGAUUUGAAGACUCUUGAGUGCCAUUGUUUGUGUUGUCGAUCCCUAUGCCAGCUGUGACGUUUACGUCUACAUACCCGUGAGCUUUCCUCAUUACCACCUUGCGCAGCUCUUAGUUCGCGAAAUCUCCUUGCCACAGAGUCAUGUAAACUAGAGUGGGCCAAUAGUAGUAUAUAUUGCUUGGGUGGCGAUCUCCCUUAUUCGCCGACGAUAUGCUUGGUCUCCACUGCGAAAGUGAACCACGUGGGGUUUAUAUAGAAUAGUGUCGACGUUGAAUUUGCCGUUCGAACGAUUUCAGUACUUUCCAAGCCACUUCGCAACCAUGAAAGCGUUUUUAAUCUACCCCGCGACCUUAUUCUCAUUGUCAUGCUUCGCCUUCCCCGGCAACCACGGAGAUAUCAGUGAAGAUACGGUUGCAGAAUAUGCCGCUUUGGCAGCCAAGAUUGCCCGCCAGUCUGAAGUGAAGCGUGACUCAAGCAAACGUGCAUUCGAUGCUGAUGCACAGCGAAUCAGCACGACUGGAGCCCAUGCAUAUAUUGCGCCGGGGUCAAACGACGUUCGUGGACCAUGCCCAGGGCUCAAUGCUCUUGCAAAUCAUGGCUACAUCUCACGAACUGGUGUAGACUCGGUCUUGUCAAUAACCGCAGCUUCUAACGAAGUGUUUGGUAUGGGCCUUGACCUGGCCGCCUUCUUGUCAGUCUACUCUGGUGUUAUGGCUGGAGACAUCACCUCUUUCUCCAUAGGUGGAAAGGCGAAUAGUGGUAGUUUGUUAGGUGGCUUGACAUCUUCGCUUGGUCUUCUUGGUGAAGGACAAGGCUUAAGUGCAUCACAUAACCGUUUCGAGUGUGAUGCAUCGCCCACUCGAGGAGACCUUUACUCGACCGGAGAUCCAGUGUCUCUGAAUCUGGAACAAUUCGAACAGCUUGCCGCCAUGCCUCAGGGUCCGAAUGGAUACGACCUCACAGUUAUGAGCAAAUUUCGGGGGGCUUCCUUCAAUAACUCGAUUGCAACUAAUGGGCACUUCUUCACCGGACCCUUUACACACCUAGCUGUCAACGCUGCAGCGCACGCUUUCACCUAUCGCCUAUUCGGAAAUUGGUCUGCUGAACAUCCAGGCGAGGGUUACCUUGACCUAGAAACACUCAAAUCUUUUGAGGGUGUCACAGGAGAGCCAGGAAACUUCCAGUGGGAGCAUGGACGUGAGCGGAUUCCUGAAAACUGGUACCGACGUCCUAUUGGUAACGAGUACAGCUUAGUCUCACUCAAUCUCGACGCCGUUCAUGCGAUCACAACGGAGCCAUAUAUCAUUGCCAUUGGUGGCAACACUGGGGAACCUAACACCUUUACUGGUGUGGACGUCGUUGAUCUCACAGGCGGAGUCUUCAAUGGCCAGACGCUUCUCGAGGGUAACAACCUUGCAUGUUUUGCCUUCCAGGUUGUAAGCAUAGCUUCCCCCGAUAUUCUUCGGGGUGGCCUUCUCGGCAAUCUGGUUCAAACGGCUGUCCAGAAAUUGACAGAUGCUCUGAAUCCAAUCAUUGCAACCUUCAAUUGUCCACAGCUAACUGAUUACGAUACGAGCUUGUUUGAAGCAUUUCCUGGUGCUGGGAGCGGGAUAUGA